UAUGGUUCUCGGUUCACACGUUUAUGUACGCAACCUACAAUAGCCGGGCACCAGCACACUAGAGGAUUCUAUUUAUAUUAACGGAAUUCCCGACUAUUUUGACAGAUAAUACUUUUUCAUUUACUGUGUGCGAUUUGCGACAUGGCUAGUGCAGAACCCACAUUCUGUCGAGAUGAGAUCAUCCGAGGUAACCUGCUGGCUUUUCAAGCCUACAUUGAGCUGUGCAUCAAGCCUACAGACCUUCUGAAGUUACCCUUUUACUCCAAAGAACAACGGAAGCAAAUAUUCAACAAUCAUGAGCCCAAAGUACAACAAGUUCGAAGGGGACUGGACAUCUUACAUAACGAGAUCCGUGACCCAGGCAAAUAUGCAGCUUUCCAGGACCUGAUGGCGGGAGAGAACGGAUAUCCUAAGAUAGCCGCCAUAUUGAAUGGUGAAAUAGUCCCAAGUGAUGAGCAUUACAGAAAGCUUCUUGAUUUAUUUUCGCGCGAACUUAUCAAGCGGAUGUCCGCUAUAGAUCUUCUACCACAUCUCCUGGAGAAGGAGACAAUUACUGAUGAGGAUGCACAGACAGUGCGUGCCCAGUGCGUAAACAAUGGCAUUACAUUUGCUUGCUGGGAGCUUCUGUUUGCUCUGCCAUUGAGAAAGGAAGACUGGUUUAAGGAUUUGAUGGUCAGCUUGAUAGAUGUUGGAACUCCUGACAUAGCUGAGCUUCUGGAACCUGAUAUGUUUGCAAAGAUAAUGGCUCAAAGGCCUCCUCCUCCAAAAGAAGUUGUCGACAUUGUGUCAUUUGUUUCCGAGCACAAUGUUGACAAUGAUUGUACUGGAGCGGAACAUGACAUUGAGAUAAGUGAAACAACGGACCUAAAAGCACGUGGUUCUGAUAAUGAAUCCACUGAUGUAACAUUAUCCGAAGGCCGUCCUGCAAACGACAGUGAUUCAUUUGACGCUGCGAUGGAAGCGUUACUGCUAGGGGACAAUCUGAAAGACCCCGAUAGUGACGUGCCAUUGACUGCAAUGUCCCAAGUAGGUCGAGAGGACUCGCAUGAGACUCAAAUGAGUAGCCCAAAAGAGCCGAAAGUUCUGCCAAAGGCUCAAGUACCACAGCGACAACUCGCAAACAAUAUACCGGUAACAAACGAAGCUGUUGAUGGUGGAGCAAAUGGUUUGGACACAUUCAGUGCUGAGAUUGAUGAAGUGUUGUUAAGAGAUACUAGUGCCAGUGGUCCAAUGCUUAAUACAGGAGCAACUCGAUGUUAUAAGCGAGAGUUUUUAAUAAAGUGUAACGGGACAGCUGCGACGCGAGUCUGUCCGCCUGGCGUUCGUUUAUUGCCAGAAAUAUAUGUUCCAAUUACAAACGUUGUAUCUGACGAAGAAAAUGACUUAAUUGCUGAUUCUUCAGACGACGAUGACGAAGCGAAAGAGAUAAACAUAGAGACGGAUGUUGAUGCGAUUGAUAAAGGAAAGGAAGACAAAGACGUUGAAUUGUUUGAUUAUCAAAAGGAGUUAGCAAAAGAGGGCUGUGAGGGCGAAAACGUAGUCAUAAUGGCUCCCACAAACUCUGGGAAAACUUACGUGGGCAGCCGUAUAAUGCAAGUUCAUCUCCGUAGACAAAAGGCGCAAGCUCUACUUGCAAAAGUAAUCUUCCUGGUUGAGAACGAGGCACUGGCUUUUCAGCAAGGAAAAUUGUUCGCGGAGAAACUGCCUGCAUAUAGAACCAAAGUGUUUACCGGAAGUGUCCAGCGGGAGAAGCAGCAAUACCUCUGGGACUUUCUAGCAAGUCGUGACAUUUUGGUGGUGACAGCGCAAGUGUUGGUGAACGCCCUAAAAACUGGUCACAUUCAGAGUCUUACACAGUUCUCACUUAUCGUGUUUGAUGAGUGCCACCACUCGAACAAGCAACACAUGUACAAUGAGAUUCUGUGGAAAUACAUCGAAAUGAAGCUGCAACCCGGCACUGAUGUCGCUGCAUUGCCGCAGGUGGUUGGUUUGACAGCUUCACUUGGUGUUGGCGGAAGUACUGACUGGGAAGCCGGUUUGAAACACAUGAAGAAUAUCUUGGCAAAUAUGGACGCUAAGUUUCUAUGUACCGUUAGAAACCCAGUUAACAAAGAAGAACUGAAGAAACGUACAAACUGCCCUAUCGAAGAACCUGUACCUGUUCAACACAGAGCUCAUGAUCGCUUUGCUGAGGCUAUCAUGGAUGUUGUCAAACAAAUUGACGAUCUCAUUUUGGAAUCAUGUGACAUUUUGGACCAUGCAACUAUGGACAUAUGCAGGAUACCGUUAGGAAUUUUUGGAACGGAGAGGUAUUUGCAAUGGAACGCCGAAUUUGUAAAAAACACAAUCCCUGGGCUUCGGGUUGAUCUUAUUCGAAGGAUUUUGAACCCAUGCCGAAGGCAUUUGGAGGCUUACAACAAAGCACUCAUGAUACAUAAGGACGCUAGAAUUAUGGAUGCAAUCAGGAUAUUGGAAGAUUUUAUGAAAGAGUUCAGAGAAGUGCCUGAACACGUUGAGACAGACGCUAGACUGAUCAAUUUCUACGAUGGAAUGAUGCUUUCGGACUCCUUUGAUGAUGAACCUGAAAACCCAAAAUUAGUUAAAAUGGGACAAAUUCUACAAGACGUGCUCGUUGCUGACAACAAUGCUAGAGGAAUCAUAUUUGUAAAAACCCGUGAACUUGCAAAGGCACUGGUAAGCUGGAUUAACGAGACGGACUAUUUGAAAAUCUUACAAGCAUCGGAGUUUGUUGGUCAAAAUGCUGCAACUUCGAAAGGAGGUAUGACCAAAUGUAAACAGAAGGAUGCUCUGGAAUAUUUCAAAGGCGGUCGUCACAGAGUGAUUAUAGCAACGUCGGUUGCAGAAGAAGGACUUGACAUUCAGAAGUGUAACCUCGUGAUCCGUUAUGAGCAUGUCACCAACGAAAUUGUACGCCUUCAAUCCAGAGGCCGCGCUCGGGCUGAUUUCAGCCGAUAUCUUGUGAUAUCGGAAGAGGGAUCGUGGAUACUUGAUAAAGAAGAAAAGAAUCGCCGUUGCGAGGAGCUUAUGAAUAAGAUUGUACCGCACUUGCAGGCAUUCAUAGAUGAUCAUGCCAAUCUUUGGGAGAACGAGCUGCUGCAGCUACAAACGGAAAUGAAAGAAGAACGUGACCGAGAAAAAGAGAGAAGACGCUUAAACAUGGUCAACGAAGUGGAAUUUCAAUGCUUAAACUGCAGUGCGUUUAUAUGCAUGUCAGACGACAUAAAAUGCAUCAAGGGCGCUCAUCAUAUUAUAACUGAUCCAGAAGCUGACGAGAGACUUAGACUGGAGCGUGACACUCCAUAUUUCGUAGAACCAGAAGGAGCAGAAUACGGAGGGCAGGUGUAUUGCGCUAAAGUCAGUUGCCAGGUAAAGCUAGGAUCAAUCUGUACGUAUAAGUACAUGGACUUUCCUUUGAUUUCACUGAAAGCGUUUCGAGUCGUUAAGCCAGAUGGCACUGGGAAAUCUUACAAAGUAUGGAAGAAGGUUCCUUGUGAAAUAGCCGACUUCACAUUUGAUGAUCUUAGAGAUGUAAUAGAUAUCCGAUUAAAUAACCUAGUGUCAAUGACGGAUAAAAAUCUGUUGAAACAAGGACCGAUCAUUGAAAAUAAUGAGGAAGUAGAAGUAAGUGAAGUCUUGACUCUUACUCUGUGUCAGUCUGAGACCGUCAUGGGAAAUAAACGUCAAGCCGACGGCGCAAUAACUCGAUCAGCAGCGAGCAGUGAAGAAGUUGACAAAUCAACAACUGCGAUAGAUGACAAAGUACGAAAAAAUCAGAUGCAAGAAGACAAGGACGUUGAGUUGUAUGAAUACCAGAAAGAACUUGCGAAAGAGGGAUGUGAUGGUGCAAACGUGAUUAUUUUGGCUCCCACAAACUCCGGAAAAACGUACGUUGCGAGUCGUAUCAUUCAGAUUCAUCUACGACGACAAAAAGCGCAGAAGAAACUUGCCCGAGUUGUCUUCCUGGUCGAAAAUGAAGCGCUUGCUUUUCAGCAAGGAAAAGUCUUCGCGGAACAAUUGGCUGCCUAUAGAACAAAAGUGUUUACUGGAAGUGUUCAAUCAGUCAAAGGCCAAUUCCUACGAGAUCAUUUAGCUGAACUUGACAUUUUGGUUGCCACUGCGCAAAUUUUGGUAAAUGACCUCACAUCUGGAAAAAUUCAGAGUUUAAAUGAAUUUUCGUUGAUCGUUUUUGACGAGUGUCACCAUUCGUAUAACGAUCACGUGUUCAACGCCAUCCUUCGUAAUUACCUUGAUAUGAAGCUAAACAGCAAAGACGACGCUGAGGAUUUGCCACAAAUCGUUGGAAUGACAGCCUCUCUUGGCGUAAGUGGAAGUACGGAUGAUGAGAAGGGAAUUAACCACAUGAAGAGAAUAAUGGCGAAUAUGGACGCACGUUUCCUGUGUACUGUCAGAACACACGAUAAUCUGGAAUCUCUGAAAAAACAUAUGAGCUCUCCGAUAGAAGAACUAGUGGCCGUAAAACCUAGGGAGAAUGAUGUUUUUAAAGAAAAAGUUUUGGAUGCUGCGAUCGAAAUAGAAAAACAUGUUAACAAACAUGUAGCCAAAAAGCGAAGGACUUUGACAGAUAGUCAGAAAGCGACGUUUAAAGUACCAGUUAACAUAAUUGGAACUGAACAAUUUUCGCAAUGGAUUUCUGACUUUGUGCAAUCAAUAGCUGAAGUUGAUGCUUCUUUAGGUAGGAUUUUGAACCCCUGCCGGGAGCAUUUGGAGGCGUACAGCAAAUCACUGUUGCUGCACAGAGAUGCCAGAACCAAAGAUGCUUUGCAUGUGCUGGAAACGUUCAUAGAUGAAUUCAAUAUCGUUCCACCACUGGAGGAAAUGGAUUCUACUUUAGUGAAUAUUUACGAAGAAAUGACGAUUACAUACCAAGUAAAUGAAGAUGGGUCAGAAAAUCCAAAGCUUGUCAGAAUGGGACAGAUACUGAACGAAAUUCUUGUUUUUAACGCUAAUGCUAGAGGGAUAAUAUUUGUUAAAACACGAGAACUUGCUGACGCUCUGGUGAAGUGGAUAAACGAAUCGGAUAAGCUGAAAGUGCUGAAUGCUAAUAUAUUUGUGGGACAGUCUGUUGGAUCUUCAAGAGGAGGUAUGACGAAGUGUAGACAGAGGGAUGCUCUAGAGUGCUUCAAGGGCGGACUUCACAGAGUGAUAAUAGCAACCUCGGUAGCGGAGGAGGGACUAGACAUACACAAAUGUAAUCUCGUAAUCCGUUACGAGCACGUAACCAACGAAAUUGCACGGCUUCAGUCCAGAGGGAGAGCUAGGGCGGAACACAGCCGAUACUUUGUCAUUUCGGAGGAGGUAUCUGGAAUUCUGGAAAAGGAGAAAAAAAAUCAACGUUGUGAGGAACUAAUGAAUACUCUUGUUCCGCGCUUGCAAGAGUAUUUAGAGAACAGUGCCAAUUCUUGGGACAGUGAGCGGCGUCACAUGCAAUUACAAAUGAAAAAAGAACUAGAAUGUAAAGUAGAGGAAAGGCGACUUAAUGUAAUAGACGAGAUGGAGUUUAAAUGUCUAAACUGCGGAUCUUUUAUUUGUAGUUCACGUAACAUAAAGUGCAUUAAACGUGCUCACCAUAUCAUAAUCGAUCCUGAAGCUUAUAAAAGGCUCAAUCUGCAGCGUGACACGCCCUAUUUUACAGAACCGGAAGACAUAGCAUACGGUGGCAGACUUUUUUGUGCUGAGAUUAGUUGCCAAAAAUGGUUAGGCUCCGUCUGUACGUAUAACGACAUUGAUUUUCCCUUAAUUAAUUUAAAGGCCUUUAAAGUUGUUAAUUCAAAUGGCGUAGGUAAAAAGUUCAAGAGAUGGAAAAACGUUCCCUGUGAGAUUGAUGCCUUUACACCAGAAGAUCUUAAUAACUUAACAGAGGACCGUUUGGCCAAGCAGAUUGAAAAUCCGUAAUAUGCACACGCAUGAAUUGAUGUAUUUUGCAUUAAUCUUUAGUUUCUGAGUAUAUGAACUUCUAUUGGAAUGUUUUCCAAUACUUUUACAUCAUAAUCGUUACCAUGUAUUGUUUAUCAAUUUUUAUGAGUUCAUUUAGGUAUGCUUCUGUUUCCAAUUUAGGUAUGCUUCUGUUUCCAAUAGCGGAAAUUCUCAUAUAACUGUACCAACUUAUGGUAAAUUAUUUUUGUUUCGGCUUGAUAUCUAAAAAUAUCCAUUUGUCAUUUGCUCAAUGUUCUCAACAUAUUAUCAUACUUUAGAAAGAAAUUUCGGGCCGUAACAUAAUUCUUUACCAAUACUCUGAACCCUUCUCGCUUGAAUGACAGAUUGAAGCAUUCAAUCGCAAACCACGAUUUGCAUAUGUCUCACUUUUUUCUAGACGACAAAAUGAUAGUUAUGCAUAAAAACAGCGUUUAAAGGUUUUUUACAUGUAUUAUCGAACCAAAUUUAAUAACCUCUUUUUGCUGAUCUUCAAUGUUUUUGUUUUGCAAAAAUCGUAUUCAAAUAAAUUGCAGGGUCAUUCUCUAAAGCGUUGCAUGUAUGUAUGAAUUUUCUGCGUUUGUCUCUAAAUUGCCACGAAGCAUUAAAGAAGGCUUUGCGGUUUUAUUUGGUGUUCCGCAUAUGAAGAGAGCAGACAAUGCGAAAAACAAGGAACAAAUCAUAUGUGUGUGUUUAUGUGAUAGAAGUUAAAUUCGGAUAGGCUCAGAAAUUCGUAUCAUUACUAUGGUCUUGGGGCUAUGCCCCAGGCCAAAAAGUACGAAACUAUUUUGAAAAAAAAACCCGCUCUAUUUAGAAAGAGAGCCAUAUGCGGACAUAAUGUACAUUAUUUCAGUUUUUUUUUUCAAACUAAAAUUGUGGAUUGUAUUGUUAUAGAAAUUAGUGAAAACUAAAUUAUUAAUCCUGCGAAAAUUUAAAACGUAUUUGAGCUUGGCUUAUGAAGCUCAGUAUGUGAAUAGCGGUUUAUAUGGUUGCUAUGGUUACAAACAUAUUUGAAAUCUAAAAAAUCCUUUCAAAAGUUAAAGUACUUAGCUAGGUGUAUUUGUUUGUUAUCCUGUCAUUACCCCGACCACAUAAACCCGGUGGGAGACUGCUGUUUUGUGCCAGCGCUCUCGUUGUUGAUAAGAUCAAUAACAAAUUGUCAUUAAACAAAUUCUUAUUCAAACAUAUUGUAAUUCUUGUUUGAAAAAAAAUAAAAAUAAAACAGUCGUA